AUGAAUGACCAAAGUAUUGAUCCAGAUGGUAAACUAGACAUCAACGACAACGGCACGUGGCGUACAAACAGUUUUCGUAGCGACACGUCCACAGUGAACCCUGCUGAAUCUGAGCACGACAAACCUGUCCAGGUCAAAGAUGUCUACUAUAGGCAAACAUUCCCCGUUGUCCAACACCAGGAUAGCGCCGACUAUUCAGCCCCCGUCGAGACCACUACACUAGACCCCCAGGUCGGCCAUAUUAUCAAAAAUAACCUUGAACAAAUGGCUGCUCACCAUGAACAGUUUGAUGGCCCGGCUGAUGAUGACCUACGUGGCUAUAGUUACGAGGGCGGUGGCAGUACGAUUAGCUCGCUCAGUUCACUAGGGUCCGGGUUCAGUGACGGGGAACAGGACUUUGAGUAUACCCUGAGUAGGUUGGGGCCCAGGUUUGCCGCGUUGGCCGAUAUUUACUCCGAUGGCAGUUAUUCGUGAUUUAUUUGUAUUCGUAAACAGUAUUUAUGUGUACCUAGCACAGUUCCGUAUGAUAUAUUUAUGUGAUUAAUUUUUGUGAGUCAGC